AACCAUAUGAAUCGAUCGCAAUGGAAGCAUUUUUCUUGAGCCAUAUGCUGAUGCCAACUUUAUGUGGUUUUUCCAGCCGAAGCAUUGCCCGUCACGACUUCACCUCCGGAUCACGCGCGCCUGGCCAAGCACUCUGCCCAAUUUUAAUACAACUUUCCAAACUCAAUACGACAACGACUGUAUACUGCGUCGAGCAGUAAGAAUAUGGCAAUGCGAAAAACACUGACCUUGACGUGGAAGGUCACUGAAUAAACACAAAAGGCCGCCUCGUAGACCUUAGGAAAGAGCUUCGCAUUUGAUGUUUCCAAGUUUGUUCUUCCAAUUUUUCUAUCCUGCAGCAAGUAAAAGCACACGACUUUGCCUGCGCUAUCUACACGAUAGCUGGAAACAUCGUCUCUCCGCACAGCGGGCUCACCGAUACAGGCUGGAGGAUGGCUGUUAUACGCCCAUGGCUGGGGCUGCUCGUUGUCGCGGUCUGUAUAAGCCUUACUUGCGCAGCACCAUAUCGGUCCAUACCAAAAGACCAUGAUGUGGCAGAGAAAGGGCACGAACAGAAGCAAGCGAAGUUGACUGAAAGACGUGAUAAUGGCAGUCCAAGAGGUGCCUCCGAUGAUAAAAGCGACUUGACCAUCGGCAGGGCAUUAGAAGAGGAAGAGUCGGAUGAGGAAGAGGACACAGGUUCAAGCGAGUCGGCCGGCAGCAGUGAACCAGAAGAGGACGAUGAAUCCGAUGAUGAUGAUGAUGAUAGUGAUGAAGGAAGUGAUAGUGAUGGUGGUGAUGAUGAUGAUGAUGAUGGUGAUGAAGGUAGUGAUAGUGAUGAAGGUAGUGAUGGUGAUGAUGAUGGUGAUGGUGACGGUAGUGAUAGUGAUGAAGGUAGUGAUGUUGAUGAUGAUGGUGAUAGUGAUGAUGGUGAUGAAGGUAGUGAUAGUGAUGAAGGUAGUGAUGAUGAUGAUGAUGAUGAUGCUGAUGAUGAUGAUGAUGACGAUGAUGAUGAUGAUGAAGGUAGUGAUGGUGAUGAAGGAAGUGAUAGUGAUGAAGGUAGUGAUAGUGCUAGUGAUGAAGAUAGUGCUAGUACUAGUGCUAGUGUUGAAGAUAGUGCUAGUACUAGUGCUAGUGAUAAUGAUAAUGGUAAUGGUAAUGAUAAAGGUAAUGGUGAUAAUGAUAAAGGUAAUAAUGGUAAUAAUAGUGACGAUGAUGAUGAUGAUAGCGAUGAUAGUGAUGCCGGUGAUGAUAGCGAUGAUAGUGAUGCCGAUGAUGAUAGCAAUAGUAGUGACGAUGAUGAUGAGGAUGAGGAUGAUGAUGAUAGUGCUGACGAUGAUGAUGAUGAUGAUGAUGAUGAUGAAGGUAGUGGUGGUGAUGAAGAAAGUGAUAGUGAUGAAGGUAGUGAUAGUGAUGAAGAUAGUGAUAGUGCUAGUGAUGAAGAUAGUGCUAUUACUAGUGCUAGUGAUAAUGAUAAUGGUAAUGAUAAAGGUAAUGGUAAUAAUAGUGACGAUGAUGAUGAUAGCGAUGAUAGUGAUGCCGAUGGUAAUGAUAGCGAUGAUAGUGAUGCCGAUGAUGAUGAUAGCGAUAGUAGUGACGAUGAUGAUGAGGAGGAGGAGGAUGAUAGUGCUGCUGAUGAUGAUGAUGAUGAUAAUGAUGAUGAUGAUGAUAGCGAUGGUCGUGACGAUAAUAGUGAGGAUGAUAGUGAUGAUGAUGAUGAUGAUGACGACGACGACGACGACGACGACGAGGAAGGUGACGGAAGUUCCUCCAGUGGUAGUAGUGGCUCUUACGAGUCUAGUGAGUGAUAAGACAAUAAACACUUGGUAAGGAUUAUGAAUGAGCAUACUUCAAUGAUGAGGUAGGCACCUAGUUACUCUGGACUGAAAAAAAGGAAAUAUUUGGCAAACCUGUAGGACAAGAAUAAUCCAUUAAAUAUUUACACAAAAAAUUACUGUUACCUUCCCCCUAGAUAUACACUAACAUUGAAUUUCGCCGUGAACGUGUCACACAAGAAAUACGCUUUAUAAUAACAGAUGUCUUUUUCGUCUAAAGCCCUCUUGAGUAACCUAUUGACCUUCAAUAAACGUAGCGCUCCCAUUGC